AUGAAGGAUUCGAUCGUACCGAAAGAAGGUCCAAAGCUCGCUGACGAGUUCUCAACAGUAUCCUCCCCCGGAGCUUAUCGUCAGCCCAAUUGGCUUUCGAUUUCUUUCUGCCUUGCCCCUUUUCGAAGUCGCGAUUGUUCAUUCUAUCGUUCAAGAGUUCUCUCACCUUCAGUUACUCGUAUUAUCUACCUAAAUCCCCUUUCUUCAUUGCGAAUCUCAAGCAAAACGGAGAAACUCACAAACGCCGUGCCUGGAAAAUUCUUCUGUGUAAUCUCUCCUUCUCUUCUCUUCCUUACUGGAAUUGGGAUAACAAAGAUCCAAAGGAGUUUCAAUUUUGUUUAUUUGAUGGGUGAGGAAAUAUCCAGCACAGUGAACCUGGAUUUGAAUCUGGGACCUGACCCUGAGAUAAGUCUCGAGCCGGCAACGAAUGAUGCUGCUGUGGAUUUGGCUAAUUGGGCUAUUGAACCUUUUAAUAGAGAAUCUGAGUCUCUGAGAAGGUUUAGGACACGGCACAGGUCACGUUUCAGACAGAUUAGUUUACUUCCGGCUCUUUCCGAGACGCAUAGCCCAGCGAUAGAGUUGAGUCAGCUAAUGAUCAGUCCUGCAAACGCAGCUGCCUUGCCAGCUGGCGAAGGAAGCUUAGCUGGUGGAGAAAGAGUCAGCGAGGAGGACUCUAAAAAAUGCGAGAACGGGAACAAAGCGAUGGAAGAAGACAACGUAACAGAGGAGAAGAAGGUUAUUGAGAAGAGCGUCGGAAGCGACGGGAGCUUCUUCGAUUGCUAUAUAUGUUUGGACUUGUCCAAGGACCCCGUCGUCACCAACUGUGGCCAUCUUUACUGUUGGUCUUGCCUUUACCGGUGGCUACAGGUUUCGGAGGCGAAGGAGUGUCCGGUUUGCAAAGGCGAGGUAACCGUGAAAACCUUGACUCCGAUCUAUGGCCGUGGGAAAAACAAGAGAGAAUCUGAGGAGGUUUCAGAUGCCAAGAUCCCUUCGAGACCCCAAGCAAGGCGCAUGGAGAGCCUGAGGACUACACUUCACAGGUCAGGUUAUGUACCGGCGGAGAUGAUUAGGCAUUUGCAGGAUAGGCUAGAGAGGGAGUCUAGUACCGGGGAAAUACGCCCUAGGCCGUUUCUUAACCGGUUUAUGACCUCGAGGGGGGUUAGAGCGGAGCAGAACCAGUCUAGUGGAGCAUUGGUUGAAGCGUUAGGUGAGAUUAGCGAUAUGGAUCUGAUGUCGAGCAUCGCCCCUGAGAACGAAGGGGAAAACGGAAACCCGAGGCCGUCCUCUCGUGAAAGGUCGAUCAGGAGACAGUUGCAGGCACAGAGAGCUGCGAGGACGUCGUUUUCUCCUGUGUUGACCUCUGCUGAGAGAUUGGUGGAUGCUUACUUGAUAACAAAUGCAUUAGGGAGGAACCCGGAGCAGAGCAAUAACCCUCCUGCUGUUGGUGUUGAAGACAGAGACUCGUUCUCGAGCAUAGCUGGUGUGAUGAACUCGGAGAGUCAAGUUGAUACUGCGGCUGAGAUUGAUUCUAUGUUGACUGCUUCGACUUCUUCCUCUGUGAGAAGACCACAUGAGAACGGUUCGAGGGUCUCUGAUGUAGACAGUGCAGAUUCUCGCCCACUGAGGAGGAGGAGGAGAUUGGCUUAGAAUGGCUUUCUGACUUUCCAUGGGUGGUGGAAGAAGCAGCAGGAAGCUAGGAUGAUCUCUCUAGUUGAAAGCUCUGCAAUUUAAUUGUUUAAUUUAGUUUUUUCUUUUCUUUUUUUUGGAUUUUGGAUUUUGGAAUUUUGGUGUUUCUGGGUUUAGGAAUGGUUAUUGAAUCAAAGAUUAAUAAUAUAUAUUCAACUGCUUACAGAAUA